CACACGAGUUUCCAUUUCCGGAUACCCACUGUAACAGCCACUACACCUUGCCGAAGCGACAAGCAGGCUCUCUCAUCUACCCUCACUUCACCCGUCAUCUCUCCUUCCCGCCGUCAUGUCGGUCUGUCCGCCAUAUGCGCCGUUCUUUGGCUUUGCAGGAGUCGCCUCGUCGAUGAUAUUCAGCACUGUUGGGGCAGCGUAUGGCACCUCAAAAUCUGGCAUUGGUAUCGCGGGAUUGGGGACGUUCAAGCCUGAGCUCAUCAUGAAGUCUCUGAUACCUGUCGUCAUGUCUGGUAUUAUCGCUGUGUACGGGCUUGUAGUGUCCGUGCUCAUUGCAGGAGGAUUGACACCUACCGACUAUUCUCUAUUCGCUGGAUUCGUUCACCUAGGUGCCGGGCUUUCAUGUGGUUUCACGGGUCUGGCAGCAGGCUACGCGAUCGGCUAUGUGGGCGACUCGUGCGUGCGGGCGUACGUGUACGAGUCAAAGGUCUUCGUGACCAUGGUGCUCAUUCUCAUUUUCGGAGAGGUGCUGGGUCUGUACGGACUGAUCGUUGCUUUGAUCAUGAACUCGGCAGCGACAGAGGCAGGGGCGUGUACAUACUAAUCAUCUCGACGCUGCAUCGUGAUAUCCGGAAUACACUACACUAAACUAUGAACCGCCCUUGUCUGAGACGGGAUUGAACAUACAAAUCGACGGUUACCAGCAGUCACAUCAACGAAUGUGAGGACGUUCAGUCGUAUCGCCUUCUGACCCUGCUAGGGCUCCGACUGUCGCUUCUGGCUCGAGGUUUCUUACCUCUCCUUCCCCUCGACCGGCUGCG